ACGCAUACCCUAAAAGAACACAAAGAGUCUUGAAUAUCGUCGAAAAGCACCUGUAAGCGUGUUCUUGCGAUUCUCAAGAGCUAUAGAUUACAUCGGACAUCACAGACUCAAUUAUGAGUGAAAACAAAAAGAUUCGGUCGAAAAAGGCCGAAGAAGGCCUUCAGAACGCAAAUAAGCCGGCAGCGAGCGAAGAGACCGUACAAGUGGAUUCAGUACCGCCUCGUAGAAGUACAAGAGGUAAAAGAGGACCUAAGGGAAAGCAAGGUUCUUCGAAUGCUGCAAAAAACUCACCUGAAAGUGAAGAGACCCAAGCUAUAAAACUUAAUUCAGAUCCUAGAAGUCAAGUUUCUGCCCUGAAAGAACUUUUCUCUGAGUGGACUACGGAUGAUCUUGUUUUUGCAUUGGAAGAAGCAGGUCAUGACUUGGAGUUGACGAUCGCUCACAUUACCGAAGGCCAUGCCUCUCAAUGGGGACAAGUAAAGAAGAAGCAACCUACUAAGCAGUUAAAGCCAAAGUCGAAACCAGUUGAUUCUGAUGCUGCCGCUCCUAAAACUACACAACGAAAAUCCAAGAAGGCUCCUACUUUUAAAGAAGACCAACCUCAGCCUUCUCGUAAGGAGAAAGCUACCACUCAGACAAAGACAUCGACUACUGCUCCUGCCUCUGAAUCCUCAAAAUCUAAACCUGUUCCUGGUACCGAUGUUACGACGUCUACCGCUCAUCCCUCAAAACUUGACGACGCACCUCAACAACAUAUAGACACAAGUAAUGCCAAUACUAUUCAUGCCACUCAAACAGAACUUCCUUCAACUUCAGCUACUAUGACUAUCCCUCCCCAAACCGAUAAGCCUGCUACUGUUGCUGCUCCUUCUCAGUCAUCCAAAACCCCAUGGGCUGCUAUUGCAAAGGCAAAAAGAAAGCAGGCUUCACAGGCUGCUGCUAUCAAGCCUUCAGAACCCUCUCAACCCGCUCAAUUGCCUUCCGCUCCCCCAACUGCUGCCGUCGAGCAACCCUCGAAUCCACCUGUUCCUUUAGCUUCUAGACCUGCUGAACCUGCUGUUCCCCCUCAGCAAGACAAGCAGGAAGUACCUCAACAAAAACAGCAAGUUUCCCCAACACCUCCUGCUGUUUCUUCCGUUAAUAAACCAGUGGUUGGCUCCAUUCCAGCUUCUACUACUACUUCUGCUCCUUCUCAAACUAAAACUUCAGAUACCAAGGCUUCUUUGACUGGAUUUCAUGGUUCUACUAAUGGAAUCACUACUGCUCGUUUGCUUUCCGACAAGUUCCCCGUCGUUAUGCCUGUGGCCAACACUGCUGCAAUCCCUGAAAAGGUCCAAGUCCGGUUUGGUAGCUUAACUCUUGGUGGUGAUGAUUCAUUGUCUAACAAACCUGCUGCUGCCCCGACUGCAUUUACUUCCAAACAAGUUAAAGAACCUUCAACAGAAGCUUAUGUAUCUCCUAAACCGCAACCUCCCCAAUUUGCUGAUAGCAAGCCUGCUCUUGCUAGCGAUACAGAUUCUUUACCUGCAAAACUACAACCACAAUUUGAGGCUCAAGUCUCUGCUUCUGAAUUGCCUCAUGCUCCGGCUGCUGAUAACUACUACUUUGAUGUCAAAAGCAAUCCUUCUGCUACUUCGGCAGUUGGUUCCGGAGCCCCUCAAGUCAGUUUACCCGCUGGUAAUGCUCCUUCGGUAAAUAAGCAAGGUAAUGGUGGGUUUAUGGCUAUGUAUUCUCCAGCUAUGCAGGAUAUUGCUCCCCAGCAAUAUGGAGCCGGUACUUCUUUGCCCAUGUCGGCGGCUAGUGCAUAUACCAACGACCCUUCCAUGGCAGGUGUUCAUGAUAAAUCCAAUCUGCCUUAUUCAUCCAGGUUUGGGAAACCAUUGGAGAAUAGAGCUGAGGCUAAUGUCAGCCCUUUUGAUAAUUUCCAGCAUGUUGAGUAUGGCGCAGCUCCUGGCUUUGGACCCAAUGCUGCCCAGCAACACCAACAAUCUGCUCAUGCUGCUUAUAGUGGAAUGUCACCACUUAACUAUGGUCAAAGCAUCCCCAAUUACUUCAAUGAACGUUCACAAUAUUCUCAAUAUGAUCCGGCCAUUAGUGGAACCCCUGAGAUGCAUAGUAUGUCUCAGAAUAAAGUUGGAACAUCGGCAGCUAUUCCUUCAUUGCCCAACACAACCGCGACACCAAGCCCUGUGAUUUCACAGCAACCUCAACCUUAUGCAUUCCCCCCUAUGUAUCCAGUUCCAUAUAUGUCGUAUCCCUACGGAUCUCUUCCUUACGGCAAUAAUAAAUAUGGCCAACCUCAACAAGGUUACGUUAUGCAGAAUGGACUAAAUGACUUCCCUCCUAUCCUUGGAGGACACAGUAACAUCUACAAUCGUCAACAAAGUGGCAGCGUAGGAAGCAUUGGCGGAACACAAGUGAACGCGACUGCAAAUGCUCCUGUUGAUAAGGCUCGUGAUAUGUCUAGUAACAAUGCAAUGGGAAGCUCUCUUGGUGGAUUUUCUUCCAUGGCUGGAGCCUCCAGAAGCGCUCCUUUAACGUUUGCCAAUGAGGGGGAACGAGGAGGGCCUUCUCCUUAUGGAUAUGUUACCCAAGCUUCUUUGAAUGCCUCACCUGGUGGACAUCAAGGAUCUUAUCAGUCGAAUGCUAAUAAGGCUGGAAAUGUUGGCAAUCAAACAUCAGGAUUUUCAUUUAACCCCACGACCGCAGGUAGCGGUAAUGGAAUUGGAAGCUACGGUGCUUACAACCAAACAUUUAUGAAUCGUCCUGGAAAUUGGUAUGGCAACGCAUAAGACAAGAUGUCUCUGAGAAAAUACUGUAAGUAAAAGCAUGAUGAAAAUAGUGAUUGGUUUUGACGGGGAGGUUGAAGUCUUUCGUUAUUUGUUAAUUAUGUUUUACAUGUGGUGGUUAUGAUAUGAUUUCGUUUUGCUAUUUUAUAGCGUUGGUUUUUUAUGUAUAGGAAUAUCGUGAUGAUUGGCAGGGAAGAAUUUAAAACAUGAAUUUGGAUAAAUGACACAUAGCAAAGAUGAUUUUGUCGAAUAUGUAAAUAUCAUGACUUUUUUGAGAUGAACCGGAGUUAGCUCUUUUAGACUGUAAUUGCGAGU